UGCAUUAAUCUGAUAAAAGAUAAAGGAUAUUCAAAAUAUUCGUUGAUUAAAAUUCGAAAAAAAUCACAAGGUUGAAAAUGCUCGCCAACAAAGCUUUAUUAAUCCCUGAUUAAUUUCUUUUCUCAUGUUUUGUACAUGUCAUUGUACCCGUGCUUGGGUGACGAAAUGCACGAGAUGUCGUCCACACGUACACGUACUAUCUAUUUAAAACAAUGAAAUAAACGUGCAGAUAUCUAAAAAUGUGACGUUGCAAAGCCUGUCAUAACUGUUGAUUUUCUCUAUAACUAUGGGACGUCAGGGAAUAAAUGCAAUUAUCGCUUUCAGUUUAAAAUGCUACAGUUGUAAUAACAUAUCUGUAUAUGACACUUAACUGUCAAUGAAAAAGAAAUAUAAGGCUUUAAACCAAGCUUUUAUUGCCAGCGAAAUGCUGUGUCAGUGUGUGUGUUUAUGUUUAGAUUAUUCAGUGAAAGAUGAUGUAAGGAAGCUCCUGUGGUGGAGGGAUUUUAUUUUAUGUUUGAAACAGUAGCUGUAUUAAACGUAGGUGCUCUUGAUUUCGUGUCAUCGUUCUAUUCGUGUUUUCAUAUGGAAUUCAGGUCGUGCAUCAAUCGUAGGGGAAGCAUCGUAAAGACCAACAAUACACUUCCAGUUCACCAACCAAUUUUCCGAGAAAAUUAUUACGGACAAACAAUACUCUUUUGCGAGUUAUUCGUCCAUCAAUUUUCGGACCAGAAUAUUAAUGACUUACAAACCUUUGACCAUUUUGCACCAGGAGUAGAAUUCGUCAUUCAUUCUUCAGAGAAGCAUCGUAAAGACCAACCGUAUUCCUAUUACGAUUACCUCGUACGUUACCAAUCAUUACGCCCGAAGCACCGGAAUCGCUGUCAAACCGUUUUCUUUCGGAUUCGACCAUGAAUCGGAACUUCGAUAUGAAUUCCACAAUAUAUAAGAGUGUACAUUCCAUGAACGGUAACUCAACACCUGAACCAGAAAAUAGGACCGCAGAUAUAUCGAACAAUAUUGAAGACAGGAUAUAUUUUUCAACAACAACGGGAUUCGAUGUGUAUUAUUACCCCGGCUAUUCUUUCGAAAGACCGAUAUAUCAAGUUAUAUGGGAAGUAAUGGUGAUAACAACAACACUAAUCAACAUUUUGGUGAUCGUAGUGCUGCUAAGGAAAAAUAUGAGAAAUCCAACAAAUAUGAUUCUUACAGCUAUUUCUUUUUCUGAUACUUUGACUGGAGUGGUAACUCUUCCAACAUAUAUCAUGGUCUAUCAGCAAUUUGAGCCUGCGCAAAUGAAUGACCAACGUGGAAAUGGCGACGAACUUGAAAUAACAACUGUAUCAGUCUCAAACGCAUCUACUCAAGGUUACAACAUUUAUGCCGAUUACAUGUACGAAUCCAACGACGCCUAUGCCUUGUCGGAAAGUCUGUGUACGUGGUUUAUGCUGACUAAGUUUUUCUUCUCGAAGACGUUUCACACAAUGUCAAUAUUUCUGACGUUGUUCCUGGGCUUUCAGCGAUUUGUUUGUGUCGCUUAUCCGUUCCUUUCUGAAAAGUUUUUCACAAAUAAAUCAACGAUUGUCACGUGUGUGCUGAUUAUCAUGCUUUCUCCCGUUCUUCAUAUUUACCACGUUGUAAAAGAGAAAGCUGAAGAAGGUAUGUGCGAAUGGAAACUUGAAAACUGCGAAGGGGACUGUGCGUUCUUGUGGAUUGUCCUGAUUUUCAGGCAUUUGAUCCCAUGCACGCUAUUGACUGUAUGUACAGUAAUGUUCGUUCGAGAACUGAGAAAGUCGCGAAUGGUUGGAGGAAACCGCAAACAAAUGGCGCGUCGCGAGCGGGAAAACCGGCGUGUAACCACCAUCGUCGUAGCGAUUGUUAUCGUGUUCCUGAUUCCCGAAAUCCCAUACGGGGUGUUCCUUUUUGUUUCCGUUAUAAGCAAGCACACGAACACAAAACCUGAUUUGGAAAAGAUUCGCGCAAUCCACGCCAUCUAUGAACUCACCCUAGUCACAUCGUUUCAAGCAAACUUUUACAUCUACACAAUCAUGAACAAGCGUUUCCGCGAAGGUCUCAAGAGAUCGAUCCUUUACUGUGCUAAAUCAUUGCUUGGACGUCCAUACCAAUGGUCGGUGUCUCGAAGUCAAUCCGAACGCUCUGAACAAAGAAGAACAUUUCAUUCAACCACAUAUUCCAAGAAUGGAACUCUGUUAAGGCAUAUGAACCCCGAUUAUGUCGGCAAAACUUUAAAAGAAGAACCUUUUCUAACGAAGACAAAACUUGCAAACGAUGCAGGUGUUCCCGGGGACUUCAAAUACGAGUAGCAGAGAGAGCAUGGAAAACAUACAACAUGCUACAUUCCAUGAAUGACAAUUCCAUACGUGUGAAGCUGCUGAUUUCUAGGGCAAAGAAAUACUUGUGGCAUUAUAGUUAGCUGCUUAAAGUGUUAUUGCCCUUGUGAAUUCAUUUCAAUUGAUGUAUUACAUUAUCAUUGAUGUUGACGUAUUAACUAGACUGUGGUUAGUUAUUUAACACACACUUUUGAAAGUAAAAGUAAGGCGAGUUAGUCAUACUCUCUUUGGAAUUCUUAAGGCGAAGGCAGACAGGUACAUAAGUUCCCUCGAAUGUUUCUUGUAUUUAGUUCACAUACCAACCUGGCUUGCUGUUUAAGUAAAUCUUUUAAACAAAUCGAUUAUACAGAAUGAGUGAAUAUAUUUUCAUGUACAUGUUUUUUUUAUUUAGUAUUCUUUUAAAAGUAGAAUAUCCCUUUAAAUCAAUGGUUUAUGUUUGACAAUAAUGCAGUAAAUAAUUCAAGCAAAACGAUAUCAAAUAUAGUUGCAAUUGUUUUUCUUUUUCGUAACUCUCAUUGACCGAAUAUAUAUAAAGUAUAUAUUGACUUCUGAUGCACUAUGAUAUCAACGGUUACUCGCUGUUUUUUACAAGAAUGUUCCAUGGAUAUUUCAGAAUCUCAGAGGAGGCGUUCUGCAUGCCUGCUUAGUUUACUCAUUCCACACAGAGCAUGCUAUCAAACACUAGAAAGUAAUUUAGAAUAUAUGGAAUAAAAUGAUGCGUUUACUAUUAGCCGUAUAUUUAGAGAGAAGUGAUAUGAGUUUCUCUGCCUUUAUUUAAUCAUGACGAUUAUAAAAAAGUAUUCAAAUACAUUGUUUCUUUAGUUUGUGUAUGAAUAAUUUCUUAUAUGUAUUUGUGUGAUAUUGUUUUGUUUUUGAUGCUGUUGUUGUUUUUUAAAUGUAGAGAUAUUUUGAUUUUAUUUAUGGGCUUAUUUGUGCAUCAACUUUUUUUGCCAAAUCCAGUUUGCAAUAUAUCAAAAUCUUAAAUACACCUAAAUAGUCCAUAUGUUUGACAAAAUGUGUUGGCAAUGAAAGAAAAAGGAACCCUUAAAUAUUUUGUGAAAAAAGUUAAAAAGAGUUUCCCCAUAAAAUAUUAAUCUCAUUUUAGCAUGUACUAUAAGCUUUCGAGGUCCAACAAAGGAUUGCAAACUUAUUACAUAAUAUUGAAGACUUUUACAUUUUUUUUUCAGCGAGCUGCAUGCUUAAAGAUGUACUCUUACGCCCAAAUAAGCUUUACCACAAUAAAUACAAUUAAUUAUGAAUAAUUGUUGUAUCAGUGGUUCUUAUGAUGUAUUCCAAGUUUAAUUUGAAAGAAAUGUACAUAAUCACGUUAUUUCAACCUUAUGAGACCAGAGUAGAUCACAGUAAAUCUUUUAGCAUUCACCAAUCAUUUAAUAAUUUUGCGAAUUCAGCUAAAAAAUACACGGCUACAAUCUUGUUAUCAGUUAUUGAUAUUUUCCAUAAAUGCCUUAUUUAGUAAUAAGUUGAUGGUUUAUCACUCAACAUUGAUGUUUGUUAUACAUGUGUAUGUAUUGAUUUCGAAUAAGAGUGUCACUUUA